AUGCUAUGUGUUGAGAUGGGUAAUUAUGUAUCUAGAAAAUCUUCUCUUGGAUGGGUUUUGUUCGGUACAAACACGAACUCUACUAGGCAACAGCAUAAUCCUGUGCUUCUUCUAAAGCUGGCUGAACCAGUUGAUAUCUCCAAAUUCUGGUCGACUGAAGAGAUGGGGGUAAAAUGUGAGUGUAACUGUAAUGGAAAGGAUUCAACCUCAAGUCCAGAUGAGAAAAAGAGGUUCACAGAGAUGUGGGACUCAUGCAAGAAAGACAGUGAUAGGCACUGGGUUGUGCCAUAUCCUUGGGUGAAGUCUCCUGAAAACCUGUGUAACAAUGAAAGACAGUGCUUUGCAAAGCUAUGCUCUCUUGAGAAGCGUCUUCAGAAAACACCUAGCAAUGCUGACCAGUACAACAAAGCAAUUCACGAUCUUGUAGAUAAAGGUUUUGCCAAGAAGCUCACAUACGAAGAAAAGAAAAAUUACCAUGGUCCAGUUCACUACAUACCACAUCAUGCCGUUGUGAGACCAGAGAGGGCUAGCACACCAAUCAGAAUAGUUUUUAAUUCAUCAAGCGUCUGUGAAGGAUCGUCAUUGAACAACCACUGGUGUAAGGGACCAGAUUUACUACAGAAUCUAAUGGGUGUGAUAAUGAGGUUCAAGGAGUUCAAGGUUGCCAUCGCAGAAGAUAUAAGCAAGAUGUUUUAUCGUGUAAGGAUCCCACUUAGUGAUAUGCACGUGCACAGGUUCAUGUGGAGGAAUUUCUAG